CCAAAGCAAGCAAGUCAGUCCAUUUAAGUCGCUCUGUUUGUUCGGUCGUGUUUCGGUCAUCCGGAAACCGGAAGCAGUUGUAUGUGGUGUUAAAAUUCACUCUGUGUGUGUCAACAAAAUUGUGUUAUCCACCAGCUUAGCGUGACUGAGUUGCACCGGAUCGUGAUCGUGACCGAGCUUUGCAUGUUAACGGUGGGGUAGUCGGAGAUCAAGUGCAGCUGCAGCAUUCAGAAAAUAUUCGAUCCGCGCGCGCCAGGGGAGCACAGUGUGUUGUGAACCUAUUUUUGCUUCACUACUUAACAAUUAAUUAUAUAAGGGCUUGUGUCGAUUUGGCUUCCUGCUGCAGCUCGUCUUUCGUGUGAUCGGUGGCCUUUUCUGAGUUCAGUCACAGUCUCCGCUCGAAAGCUGCCAAAGAAGGUGCAGUUUCAGUGUCCCUUGUUUUCUCCGCUUGAGUAGUACCUACACCGAAUCUUCGCUGCUAUCAUUAUGGCUGAUAAGGUGCGAGUUUGCAUCGUCGGUUCCGGAAACUGGGGCUCGGCCAUCGCCAAGAUCGUCGGUGUGAACGCGAAAAGGUUGCCCGCCUUCGAGGACCGAGUAACGAUGUACGUGUACGAGGAGAUGAUCGAGGGCAAGAAGCUGACCGAGAUCAUCAACACGACCCACGAGAACGUCAAGUACCUGCCGGGACACAAACUGCCAGAGAAUAUUGUAAGUGACAUAAGGUGCCAAUUUGAUCCUUGACAGAUGGACGGAUAG